UUAAAGUCCCGUGGUUUAAUGUAAUGGUGCUAAUUUCUAAUUACGUCAUUAGCGCAUUAAGUAACAAUCAUUUUUUAGAUAUAUAACAUCGUGCGUAACAAAUAAUCUUUGAUGUUAAAGAAAGUCUUUGCUAAUUACUUUCACACAUUUUUUAUUCAUACCAUUUACUCAAACUUGUGAAGAUAUACAUAAAAACGCGUAUUUUCUACAUCAAUUCAGUUUUAUUAAAAUUAGGCGUGUUUCCUAUUAAUAUUGCCUCAUAAAUAGUGAAGGAAUAGUAUUACAGACUUUUUUGUGUGUAUAUUUCUCAUAAUCAUAUUACUUUAUUAAAUGAUAAUUUAUUAAAUGAUAAUGUCCGUUUUGUGUAUUGCGUGCGAGGAGACUGUUCGUCCUUUACAACAUGCCGUCACAUGUGUCAUUUGUGAGAAGGUGCAACACAGAACCUGCAACACUGGUAUCAGCAGAAUAGAUUAUUACAAGGCACGUAAACGUUUAAGCGUCGUACAGUUCACUUGUAGUAUUUGUAGUGACGCCCCUUCAGAUGAAGCAACACCUGAUCAUGACAAUUCCGUUGAUCAUUCAAUUUCGGAAGCUGUUGGGACCGCAUUGCAUUCUACUUUGAUUGAGACUUCGAGUGAAGACGUUAACAGACAUGUGACAUUUCUGCUGGAUUAUAGUAUUGGUUCCACGUCUAGUGAUACUGCCGGUGAGACACAGAACAUACAGAAUGCUACUUACGUUGUUACACCAGAAACUUGUUAUGAAAAUACGGAUAGAGAUCUAUUCGACGUUACACGUCAUGCGCAAGAUACGUCAAAUGUCACUGACAGGUCAGUUGAAGAUCCGGCCUUGACCGAUACGGUUUUAGAAGAUAAUGAUAUGAUCAAGUUUGAGGUUGUAGAAGAGGGUUCCAUACGGAAAAAGAAGAAGCUUGUAUCAUCUGAUGGUUAUUCAUACUGUGUUAAGAGACAGACAAAAUCCAGUACUCAGUGGCGUUGUAGUCAACGAAGGCCGGGAAACAUUUGUUACGCCAGCGUGACACAGCGAGGCGACAUCUUCUCGCGAGGACCAGGGCCUCACAAUCACUCAUCGGACCCGUUAAUGAAAAAGAGAGUUAUAUUCAAACGAAACAUAAAACAAGAUGCUGUGAAAGACGUAUAUGCCCCAGCAGGAAAGGUUAUAAGCGGACACAUUGCCGAAACUUUCGGAAAAGGUGAUUUUGGUUUACCUCUCCCAGACUCCAUGUUGAGACAGGUAAAUCGAGCAAGACAGAAGAUCCGGCCAGCAGAACCCACAACGUUAACAGACUUUGAGGCAAGUUGUUUUUUUCCUUCAAAUAUUUCAUACCAAUUGUGAAAUAUCAAUGGAAUUAUCAUAAUGAAUGUUAAGAAAUGAAAUUAAUAAAUUAAUAAAUAUUGAUCUCUACAUUUUCUAUAACUGUUAAAUUUUUCUACAGU